AUGUCGGACCCCAAGUUCAAGACUCCCAUCACGAAACGGCCUAUAUCUUCUCUGGCGCGCUCCGGUACGGCCACUAAACGCGACUCUCUGGCGGCCGAGCUCGAACGAGAUCCUCAAAUGUCUACGGCCAAGCGUCAACAACGCGCACAGGCGUAUACCUCCCACAUGGCAACUUCGGCUCUUGAGCGUCAAUUAUUGACGGCACAACUCGCGAAACAAGAGGCGGAGAAGAAGUUACGCGCGAAGGAGAGCGAGGUGGAGAAGCUAGAGGCAGACCGACGUCUUUUAGCCGGGAGAGAGUCGGAGAUUGAGCAGACGAUGGAGGAAGAGCGGGCGAAGGCGGCCGAGGAGAAGGCGCAGGCGGACCGGGAAAUCCGCAAGUUGCGGUCGACGCUCAACGCACUGAGGGACGAGCACGAAUUGCUGGAGGACGAACACCAGAAACUGGCAGCGUCAACCCAACAGACGAUCACCGCUCAACGCGCCCAACUCGGUACACUCGCACGUCAGGUGCAACAUCUUGAACAGGAGCUGCGUGAUGUACGAGCUCUCGCGGACGAGCGCAGUGCAGCUGUGGACGAGCUGCAGAUGCAGAUGGACGAUCUCAGUGUGGCACACGCGGACAGGAGUCGCGACGAGAGCGAGACAAUGAACUGGGGAGUACUUCGCUUGGAGCUCUCAGAACUCGCGGAACAUAAUCGCGCAGUCGAGGCUCAGAACGCUCGUAUGGCGUCGGAAUUGGCAACACUCAGGGAGCGCAAGGCCAAUGUGGAGGUGCUCAAGGAGGAAAAGAGGGGGUUGGAGACGAAGUUGCGGGCGAUGGACGAGCUGAGGGAAAGGGUCGUACUGCUCGAAGGAGAAUUGGACGCUGCACGCAGGGAGAGAAAGGAGUGGCACGGCAGAGCGACCCAACUUGACUCGCCCGGGCAGACGCCCGUCUCUGUAUCGCAGAGUCUGGCAGACCUUCGUCUCAAGUACGCGCGAUUGUUGGAGGAACAUGGCGCGAACGUGGCAUUACUCCGUCAACGCGAUGCCGAACUCGCCACACGCAACUCAGACGAGCUUAAGAUGCAGGCUCUAAUUGAGGAGUACCAGGAGCGUGAGCGGAGGUACGCCGAGACCAUCGCGCAACUCUCGCAGUCGAAGCUGCUCGCCGAACGGGAGGUGGACUUCCUUCAGAAGUACAACGCUAGCUUCACGGCGGAAGCUACUGUGCAAGACGUCGAGAUGGACGAGGCCCAGUCGCAGCGCAUUGCCGACCUCGAAGAGCUCGUACAAAGCUAUAAGCAACGCGUAGCCGAGCUAGAAGCCGAGGAUAGGCGCGCGGCGGCAGCCGGGCCGUCUCAACCGAGCGUCAAAGCAUUGCACGAGCAACUGAUGAAGGAGCAGCAAGCCGUACUUGAUGCGCGAACAGAGCUCAAGGAGAGCCAAGAAGCGAACGAGAAGCAUCUUGAGUCCAUUGACAAGCUUGAGCAAGAGCUCUUCGAGCUUCGCGGCGAGAUCGGCGGUGGCCGACACGUCCCUCCCGGCGUCCGUGUACUAUCGCUCAGGGAUAACCCCGCGCAACAAUGGUCCGACCUACGCCAGGAAGUCAUGGACCGCUUGAAAGGCGAGAACGAGGCUUUACUACGUCGACUGCACGAGCUUGAAGAGCAAGGUGUGCGCUCAUCUUCGGCCGAGCCUCCCGCCGAUCUCGUGCCGCGGCAAAGCUUGGAGGUGGCUAUGAAGGACAAAGCCGACAUGGAGGACGCACUCAAGCAGAAGGAGAAGCGUCUUUUACGUCUGCAACAAGUCUUCACCGCCAAAUCGGCCGAAUUCCGCGACGCCAUCGCCUCCAUCAUGGGCGUCAAACUCGCCUUCUACCCCAAUGGUCAAGUGCGCGUUACAUCGCAGUACGACUUGAACGCCUCGUUCGUUUUCCAACCUACAUCUCGUGCCAACGCGCAACAAGAUGGGGGAGGCGCAAGGAUGCAGCUCAUUGCACAGGGCGAGGGUGGGCCACAGGAACUGCCGCAGUUGAUGCGGAACUGGGUGGAGAUGGAGCAGUGUAUACCGUGCUUCCUGGCGAGCGUCACGUUGGAGUGUUAUGAUAAGUGGAAGAGGGAGAGGGAGAUGGGUUUUGAGCAAUGA